UAACUACAUCACACACCUACUCCCCACACACAAAUCUCCCCCUCCAAUUACUCCCCCGAGGUCUCCCAAAGAAAUAGCCAUUACUGCCUUUUCGCUCUUCUUUAGCUUCACGUCAAAAUACUUCUCUCUGCCCACGACACGUCCGAAAACCCGAUUAUCUUUUCGCGUCGGUUGUUGUCGCGGCAACACCCUCCACGUAUACAAUCCAGACAGGCCCUCCCAUCCACAAGGCUCUACUACUGUACUCGUACGAGGCUCGCUCCCCUCCUUUUCAUCUGGUCGAAAGAAAUCAAAACCUUUGAACUCCUUUCCCGGAACCCACCGUCAAAAAGGUUCAAAUAAACACGUUAACUUGUCGCUGCUCUUCUUAGAAGCAGCAAGACCACAAGUUCAAGAUGGGUGGCUCCAUAUCAAAAGUCAUGAGUAAACUGUUUGGAACGAAGGAAAUGAGGCUACUCAUGUUAGGGUUGGAUGCGGCUGGAAAGACGACUAUUCUCUACAAAUUGAAGAUUGACCAGGAUGUAACAACAAUUCCCACAGUCGGCUUCAAUGUUGAGACCGUAACUUACAAGAACGUCAAGUUCAACGUCUGGGAUGUCGGUGGUCAAGACAAGAUCCGUCCUCUGUGGCGCCAUUACUUUUCUGGUACCCAAGGCCUGAUUUUCGUUAUCGACAGUCAUGAUCGUGACCGUAUCGAUGAGGCAAGGCAAGAGUUGCACAGGAUUAUUCAGGACCGAGAGAUGAAGGAGUCCCUCCUGUUAGUCUUCGCUAAUAAGCAAGAUAUCCCUGGCUGUAUGCCGCCUUCAGAGGUGACAGAGAAGCUUCAGUUACACAAACUGAAGGACAGGGUCUGGUAUGUGGUUCCUAGUUGUGCCACUACUGGCGAGGGAUUGUUUGAGGGAUUGGGCUGGUUGUCCAACAAUGUCAAGACGCAAGCUCCCGCCCGGAAGUAGACAAUUCACGUCGUUCCAUGCUAUUAUAACUUUAGGCAGCUAUUGCCCAUAAUAGCACUAAGCGGAACUGAUGCUGAUGUCGGGUUGUAUGAUAUAAGCCCCGUCUCGGACUACGAGCAGGGCCCACUGUAGAACCGUUUAUUUGCCUUUUAUUGUCAUCUCAUGCUCUGGGUGUUUUCUUUACUUGGGUGCUUCACGUUGGUUAUCGCCUUUUUUCUUUUUUUCUUAUAUUUUCUGCUACUUAUUGCCCUUUUAAUUAAUGAAGUUACGGAUAUUUCAGCCGACUCUUAUACACCCUCUUCCUUCCUUCUCUCACUUACUCAUUUACCGAGCCCAUCUCUCAUAUCCUCAGCGUUAUCUAUCUAUUUCCUUAUAUCCCGAAUAUUCCUCCAUUUCAAAAAUACAUCCUCUGCGAUCUACAUCUAUUUUCUUUCCUCACCCCCCAUGCAUUGCAUUUUACCUUUCAUGAUGCUCCACGAAUGUUUGCACGAGAAUUCAAGUUCUUUUUUAUUCUCCCUCUUUUUAUUCUUUUUUUUUUCCCCUCCUUUUGUUACUAUUGGUCUUUAGCUUUUCCGCCGAGCCCAGAACCGGGAGUCGCGUUUUGAUAUUACUAUCAUACUCCCAAUAGUGGGGAUGGGGCGGUAAAUAGAGAACUUGUUGGCACCAGCACUCCUGGGUGGAGUACUGGGUAAUGUGUAGUAUAAGUCGGCAGUAUAUUGAGAGAAUACCCUUUUUUCUUUACCUCUCGCUUUGGGAAGUUCAACUCUGAACGUCCUGUUUGUUUUCUUGUUCAUUGUGCUUAAUUGACAAGAGAGUGUAUAUGUU